UGAACGCUGUAUAUUGACAGUUUGCGGACGGCGCAAAACUAACGAAAAGUAGCAAAUAAAUACUGCAUUGAUCCAAGAGUGUGUAAAAGCCACAGAGUACGUACGCAAUGGCUGCUCUCAAAUACGCAGGUUUGGAUGAUACUGACAGUGAAGACGAAUUACCACCAGGCUGGGAAGAAAGAACUACCAAGGAUGGAUGGGUUUACUAUGCAAAUCACGAAGAAAUGAAGACUCAGUGGGAGCAUCCUAAAACCGGGAAGAAGAGGCGCUGCGCAGGAGCUUUGCCAUACGGAUGGGAACAAGAAACCGAUGACAAAGGACAAGUUUUCUAUGUUGACCACAUCAACAAGCGGACCACCUACUUCGACCCCCGGCAGGCCUUCACCGUGGAGGACGUCCAGCUGAAGCCCAAGAGAUACGAUGGUAACACGGCCGCCCUGGAGAUCUUGCAGGGUCGCGACCUCUCGGACAAGGUGGUGCUGAUCACCGGGGCCAACGCCGGCAUCGGUUUCGAGACCGCAAAGUCCUUCGCCCUCCACGGAGCCCAUGUCAUUUUGGCUUGCCGGAACAAAGCCCGUGCCAGCGAAGCUGUCAGAGUCAUACUAGAGGAAUGGCACAAGGCCAGGGUGGAGGACAUGGUGCUGGACCUGGAGUCCCUGCGCAGCGUCAGAGAGUUUGCCGAGGCCUUCAAGGCCAAGAACCUGCCCCUGCACAUCCUGGUCUGCAAUGCUGCGGUGUGCACCCAGCCCUGGAAGCUCACAGAGGAUGGUCUCGAGUCCACCUUCCAGAUCUGCCACCUGGGACACUUCUACCUGGUUCAGUGUCUGCAGGAUGUGCUGCGCCGCUCGGCCCCUGCCCGCGUGGUGGUGGUCUCCUCUGAGUCUCACAGGUUUACAGACCUUGUGGACUCCUUUGGGAAGGUGGACCUCACCCUUUUGUCUCCUCCAAAGAAUAAGUACUGGUCCAUGUUGGCCUACAACCGAGCCAAGUUGUGCAACAUCCUCUUCUCGAAUGAGCUCAAUCGACGACUGUCCCCGCAUGGCAUCACUUCCAACGCGCUGCAUCCUGGGAACAUGAUGUACACCUCCCUUCAUCGCAGUUGGUGGCUGAUGACGCUGCUCUUCACCUUGGCACGCCCCUUCACCAAAUCCAUGCAACAGGGUGCGGCGACCACAGUGUACUGCGCUGUGGCACAAGAGCUGGAGGGCCUGGGAGGGAUGUACUUCAACAACUGCUUCCGCUGCCUACCAUCCCAGGAGGCCCAGAACGAGGCCACGGCUGCCAGCCUGUGGAAACUCAGUGCCCAGCUGGUCCAGCAGAGGGUUGGCCCACCGCCAGCCCCCGUCUCAGGAGUCCGGAGGACGGAGAGGGACGAAUAGCGACAAGGGCUUUUGCAAGAUUGCCAGCGCUGGACCUUAUCCAGACGCAUCAAGUGAAGGUUUGCCCACCUUGGGUACAGACUGUAAAGUGUUGAGUAACUGUACUGAUGCUCGGCACCGAUGGGAAACGGGAAGUACUGAAUGGUGAACGGAUCGCUCUCUCCUCUUCCCUUUUUCUCUCUCUUUCUCCAACUUCUUCAGGCACUGGAGUUUGUACCUUUUUGCACGGUUGCUCUUGAGAGCCGUUUUCUCCUUCAGCUCUGCAAGCUGUCGGGGUUACAAAGGAGGCUUCUGUAACAAACCACUCUUGUAAAGCUCUUGACUCCAACAGGAUACGAAGGAUAGGAUGGUAUGAGGUUAUGAGGGCUGUUCUCACUUUGGAAUUCUAACCCCUUCUGACCAAAUUGCUCUAUUUUACACAUUAAUUUUAUGGUGAAAAUCUAACCUGCACGGUUCUAUUUUAGCUGUUUACAUCAAUAUUUCAAUAUAGAAAUACAAAAACACACUGAAUUAUAUAUUCUCAUGGUAAUUAAAAGAAAAUUGACAAGGAAAACCUGUUUACACUAUGUACAGGUAUGAAAGCUUUGAUCCAAAAGUGUACUGAAUAAUCCACUAUGAAUUACAGCAUUCACUUCUACAUGUGCCCAAUUCAUUCUAUUCUAUAUCAUUAGUAUGGAUUGUAUGUGCUAAUGCAUCCAGACAUUAGAAAGGAAGACUGUUGUGUAACUUGUGUUUUGUUAUGCAAAAUGUCAAUGUUAAGUAAGGAGUCAACACUCAACAUUCUUCCUAGGAGAAAAAUAAAAUAAAAAACUAGAAAAGGUAUGAUGGUAAUUACAAGGGUCUGCAAUAAUAAGUAACGCUGUCAAGGGAUGAGCAUUAGAUGGUGCCCAGAGAGUAGUGUCUUCCACCCACGGAGGUACAGGGAAGAGAUUUUUAGUCGUAAUCAAACAUGCGUAGAUAUAUUUCACCUGAAGAGAAAACGUUUGUUUAUUUUUUUUUCCUGUACUAUUUGAUUUGUUGUAAUCAAGGGUGAAUGGGGAGGUGUGGCUCUGAAGAAUAUCACUGGGGUUGUGUGAUUUUUGUUUUUUGUCUUUCUCAUCUUGCGUGGUUUUGUCUUUGAAUGUUGUGCUUUGUGGCAGUCUUCGUGCCAUAGGUCGCUGUAAGCCAUCAGCAUUCUGGUGUCGUGUUUUCUGUGGAGACAGAAGCACAGGAAGGAAAACAUUAAAGCAGAUGACUCCCAGAAGUGCUUGUUGUCAUCUUUGUGGAGGCAGGCCUGAUGGAAGGAGGUGAGAAGAACACAAGCUGAUGCUGGUCCCAGCAGCGUGACGUGAAAAGUCAAUUAGGGAGAUCAGAUUAUCAACGGCACGCCUGUUUCUUUCCCCCAUCAUUUUCCAAAAAUGGAUAAGCUGUACAAACAUCGAUUAGGUUAUUUGUAGAAAGACCCACUGCACCCUCACU